AUGUCAAAAACACGUCAGAAGCGGUAUUCCAUCAAUUUUUCGGCUCCGGCAUCACCUAUUUCACCAUCAGUGUCGAGAUUUCCAUCGGACACCAGCUUAGGUGGUGGAUUAUCGCACAGUACUAGGCCUUCUUCGUCUAGAGCACAAUCUGCUCGUCCGUCUUCCGCUUACGGAUUCGAACUGGGACGUUCUGAACCGCAGAGAAGUGGUUCUACCAAGUCAUUCUAUCGGAUGCGUGCCGAUGAGCAGAAUAUUUCAUUAGAUUCACUAACGGACUCGUCUUCGAUCAAAUUGCUACUGAUUGGAGACGCAGCCGUGGGCAAAACCGCCAUGAUUUUAAGUUAUUGCAAUGAACUUCCGACUCGGUCACAAGCCAGCAUGAUUAAGAAGGGAAGCAGUCCCAGGAUUUCGGCGCAGGUACCGCAACGAAACAAACGGCUCCAAAACUUGAAGACAAUCGAUAAGCGAAAGCGGUACAGCUUGAACGAUUAUGAGGAGUUGUUCAACAACCCUGUUCCACAUAUAAGGGCUCCUUCAAUAUCGGAGGACACACAACUGGAUCCGAUAAAAGGUGGGAAGACCGACCCCAAUGAAAUUAUAAUAGACACAAGAAGCACAAUCGGAGUGGAUAUCCGUACAAACGUCGUCAACAUUGACAACCGCUAUUUCAAAGUCACUAUGUGGGAUACUGCUGGCCAGGAACGCUACAGAAAUGCUAUGAUUCCAUCGUUGUACAAGGGCUCCCACGGCGUGCUUUUAAGCUACGACAUUUGCAAUAAGAAAAGCUUCGAACACUGUUUGGAUUAUUGGCUUGAGGAAGUUCUGAAUUGCUGCUCCAGGGAUCAAUCCAUGCGGAUUUACUUGGUAGGCAACAAAAUCGACUUGUACAAGGUCAGACAAGUAGCUCAUGAGGAUGUGUUGCAACUGAUUGAUCGGGCCGAGCAAAAAUUCGGUAUAAAAAUUGCAGGCAAUUUCGAAGUGAGUUGCAAAUGGCAUCAAGUGGUUGAGCGUACUUUCAACAUCAUAAUAAAAGACCUGGUCGAACAGGGUUGUUACGAAAAUGAUAAUACUAUUCGAGAGGACUCGUCUGAGCCUGAGCAGGAUCUUUUACAUGGCUCAACCCUCAGGGGAAACAGCGCACCAUGGACGGAAAUCGAGAGAAGAGGAUCUACAAUCAUUCGGAGAAAAGUUAAGGAAAAAUCUAAAACCGUGGACCUUACGAAACCUCAAGAUACGGAAAGUAAGGCAGGCGGCACAAGUUGUUGCUGA